UGCAUUCGGGAUUCAGACCGGCAGUUUUAAGUAAUUUACAAUAGCAGAAGACCCUAACAAAUUAUGAGAGAAAUCGCUGAAAAGUGGUAGUAUUGGCGUAUUUCAUCAGGAAUUUGAGAGAUAAGUUAGAAGAUCGACUUGUUUGUUUGGAGAUCAUACAAAGUCGUGAAAAUAUAAUUUGUGCCUCUGCACUCCAUAUAACCACAGGGAUUGACACGUUCAUGUUGUGGAAUAAAUUUGGAAACGGAAAUUGUACAAAGCUCAACCAUCUCUAGUACAGUGGCCUUAGGCAGGAAGUAGUGUAAAAUGCUCAUUCCAAGUUUGCAAGUGUUUGGAACAGCUUUUUGUGCCUUAAGACUUCUUUCAUCUAGAGCAGCACCUGUCGUUGAGGCAGUUUCAAAAAUGGACAAUUGGAAAAAUGCCACAUCCAUCUAUGAAUUCACAGCCAAUGAUAUUCAUGGCAAAGAAGUGUCAUUGGAAAAAUAUAGAGGGCAUGUGUGUAUUAUCGUGAAUGUGGCAUCAGAAUGUGGAUAUACGGCAACACACUACAAAGAGCUAGUUGAACUUCAUGAGAAAUAUGCAGAGUCAAAAGGACUUCGAAUAUUAGCAUUUCCCUGCAACCAGUUUGGUCAUCAGGAACCUGGAAAUACGGAGGAGAUAGUGUGUUUUGUUAAACAAAGAAAAGUAAAUUUUGACAUGUUUGAAAAAAUUGAUGUCAAUGGAGAUAAUGCACAUCCAUUAUGGAAAUAUCUUAAGUACAAGCAAGGUGGAACUCUUGGAGAACCACAAGGACCGCAUUUUAUGAUUCAAAUAAUUUGCCAAGACCUUUGCUGGUUCCAUAAAGCUCAGCUUAGCUUGACUAUUUGCAAGCAAUUUCCUGAAAUGUACUAAUUGUCAUGUGAUACCCAAACGCAAAAACCUGCAACACCUUUGUUCUAGUGUGUUAAUAGUGUUUGAAAAUUGGUCACACAAUUGUCUGCUUAUUACAUAAUAAAACUUUACUUUUUUUGUAAGUGGAAUGUUUUGCCAAAAAUAGCAGACUGUGUGUCAGAAGAUUUAUCUUUCAAAAACGCCUGAGCAUAUGAUUUCACAUUUCAUUCAUAGAAAAUUUAAUUGUGUUGAAAAUUUGAGCUUAUGCAGCUUAAUAUGUCUAUUUUGUCACAAGUAAUUCUAUUGGUAUUAAGUUUUGUCAGCUGGACAAGAAACUACAGAAUAUAGUGUAAUGUUUCUGAAAUCAUUGUCUCUCAUGUGUGUUUUCUAAUAAAAGAAAUUUAUGCUA